UCGAAUCUCCGGAAUUCUCUCUCUCUCUCUCUCUCUCUCUCUCUUUCUCUCUCUCUCUCUCGCUCGCUCGGAGAUCGAGCUUGAUUGGUAGAAGACGAGAGGCCGAUCUGAGAUUUGGUACUUUUGGUCUCCCACAGCGUAGAUAAGGAACAGAACUGUAUUUUCGAUCUUUUGAGGGAUGAAAGGUGGGAUCUUCUGUAGAUCCACCAGCAUUAAGGUUUCUAUCACCAUCACUGCUCUUUUAUGUAUGACACUUAGUUUAUUAAUAUGGGAGAAAACACCCUUCAUUGCUUUUCUCAUCCCUCCUGAUCAGCUGGAUGUGCUUUCUCCAGCAACACAAAUAGAAACUCCUGUUGUUGCUAUUGUGAAAGAUGAACAAGAACAGCCACCUAUGUACGGGACUAUUUCCGGUGGUGGAACUACAGUUAAAUAUUCAAAUCAUGAAAAAACUUAUCAUGUUUCUGCUCCCCCUCCGAUAGCAUUGUCAAGGGAAAGCUCAUUGAAACAGAAAGAAGAUGUGAAGAAUGUGACAAAAUUGCAUAAGGUGGAGAAAGGGUUAUUGAUCAUGUUUGUAGGGUGUAAUUAUGCAAAGGGGAAAUGGGUUCCAGACAACAAGUGGCCCUUGUACUCAGGUUCUGGAUGUAAGCAGUGGCUUUCAAGCAUGUGGGCUUGUAGAUUGAUGCAACGAGAAGAUUUCUCAUUUGAGAAAUAUCGGUGGCAACCACAAGGUUGUGAGACACCAAAAUUUGAAGCAUCUGAAUUCCUAGAAAGGAUGCAGGAUAAAACCAUUGCUAUGAUAGGGGAUUCUUUGGGAAGACAACAGUUUCAAUCUUUGUUAUGUAUGGCCAGUGGUGGCAAAGCAAGUCCUGAAGUGCAAAAUGUUGGAUGGGAAUACGGUCUUGUUAAAGCACGCGGUGCUUUACGACCUGAUGGUUGGGCUUAUAGAUUCCCAAAAACCAAUACCACCAUUUUAUUCUAUUGGUCUGCAAGCCUUUGUGAGUUGGAACCCCUAAAUCGGUCAGAUCCAGCUACAAGUUAUGCCAUGCAUCUCGAUCGCCCUGCAACAUUUUUGAAGCGCUAUCUUCCUAGGUUUCAUGUUGUGGUGCUGAAUACUGGUCAUCAUUGGAACCGGGGGAAGUUUCAUGCAAACCGCUGGGAAAUGUAUGUUGGUGGAAAGCCCAAUAUUGAUAAAAAGCUUCAAGAAAUAUCAAAUGCCAGAAAUUUCACUGUUCACAGCAUCGUGAAGUGGCUAGACUCACAGUUGCCGAAAUACCCUUUGCUGAAAGCUUUUUUUAGGUCAAUAUCGCCAAGGCACUUUGUGAAUGGAGACUGGAAUACUGGAGGUAGCUGUGAUAACACCAUUCCAUUGUCAAGUGGGAGUGAGGUUUUACAAGAUGGUUCUAAAGACCAUGCUGCCGAAAGUGCUGUAAAGGGUACCAAGGUUAAACUCCUGGAUAUUACUGCUUUAUCAGAACUAAGAAAUGAGGGGCAUAUAUCCAAGUAUAGUAUUAGGGCUCCUACUGGUAUGAGUGAUUGCUUGCACUGGUGCCUUCCUGGUAUUCCUGAUACAUGGAAUGAAAUCCUUUGUGCUCAAGUGUAGGCUGCUAUUUUUGACAGAAAGCUGAGAUAUUGCCCAAACGUAAUAUGCAUGGAGGAAAGAGGAACUUGCGAGUGAGCAUGAGCAUCAACGGUCAUCCAUGCUAUGAAGUCUCAUGAUUCUCUUUUCCCUACGGAUUUUCAUCAACUGUACCAUUUUGUUAGCUUUGAAGCCAGUUUGCUCCAACAUGAGAUGCUAUUGAAAUCACACUCGAAGAUCAUCCAUAGCAACUGUACAUACAUUCCUCUUCGGGAAGUGAGCAAUGUUUUAUUUGUAAAGUUGAAAUCUGCAUUGUUGUACCUUUUUUCACAAAGGCUGUAAAACAAUUUCAUGAUUACAACACGAAAUUAAUUUCGGAA